AUGACCACCGCUUUCCCUCUUCUCAGUUUGCCAGAUGAGGCAUUGGCACUUGUGGUUGGAUGCAUGAAGUAUACUGAAAUAGUUUUAUUCUCACUUGCGUCUAACAAGACUAAGGAAGUUGUCAAAUCUCUAAAUUUGAGUGUCAAACAUGUCAGUGUUACGAUUGAGGAUAUUAUCAGAAUCCUAUUCGAUACAGAUGAUGAUAGUCCUUCAUCCAUGGUUUGGAGUUUCUAUCCGAGAGAGGACAACGCUGGCCACAAACCGAUUCCGGUUUACAUGCCGGCUCGUGUGAGUGUGGCAUCGGUGCGUGGCAUGGUCACUGAACGGAACUUGAAGGAAUAUCAGAACCCGGGUCUUAGCGUUCAAGAAUGGGUUAACCAUAUGCAGUUUAUAUUCUCUUGUUCGGAAAUCGAGUUCCUUUUAUUCGAGAAUGAAACAUGUCAGUUUGAUUGGAUUUCGUUGAAGAAUGUAUUUGGAAAAAUCGAUAUAGACACGCUCUUUUUCAACGAACUUUGUAGUUUGAAGUGUGCACAGUUGGCAGUGAGACAUUUCCCAUCGGCUAGAUGUGUCACUGCUUUUUGUUCAAGUUUCAAUGAUCCCAGUCGCUACCGAAACAUUCUGAUUCAAAAUUUGGAUUCAUUGGUUCUUGGAUUCAAAGAUAUGUCAUUGAAAAUUGGAUUGGAUGAUCUUUUAUUGAUAAAUAGUAAGGAAAUCUCAAUUCGAUCUCCAACUCUUACUAAUAAAAUGGUCAAUCAAUUUCUCAAACAUUGGAUCGAAGGGUCAAACCCGAGAAUGGAAAACGCACGUUUCAGAUUUGUCAAUAAUCAAGUUGUAACUAAGGAAACUAUAUUGAAAGGCUUGCAAUAUCAAGGGAUGCCAUUGGAUGACGUUAAUGUAAACGGACAGAACACAGAAGUCUAUUAUAUCUUUCGAAGAGACGGAACUGCCGGAAUGAUCUCAAUUGAACGGGAUGAGCAAGAAAACGUUGUUCAUUUUAACAUUUUUUAA